CCAUCAAUCAAAACAAAUGUUAUUUUUAAAGGUGAUAACAACAGUGGCAGUGGUGAUUAAUUAUAUAGAGAGGUGAGUUUCAGAUCUUUAUCAGACAGUUGGAGAGGAGUAGAGAAGAUAUAGGCAGAGCCAUUAGACCCAGCAGACCCUAGCCGCCGCAGUUGUGACUGGAGCUCGCCUUCUCGCAAGUCCGACGAUCUAUGUGUCUCUCAUCAAUCCACCAUUCAUGAAAGUAGGUUGGGCUCGAGGUUGCAGGUCUCGGACAGGACGUCAACGAAGAGGGUGCUGUGGCGGAGACUCUGAAACAGGAGCGUUUUGAGGACUUUCUCGGUGGAGAGGAUGGGGUGGCGUUCGCAGAGAUUGUGGAGAUCUGUGGUGAUGAAAGAGACGCCGCGGCGGGCGUAGACGGAGUGAUCAGAUCGGGAGUAGGCGAGGAGGGUGUGGCCUUGGGAGACUAGGAUUUCCGCGAGUAACUGGCCGUAGUUGCGAAUCCGAUGAUGGCGAUUCAGAGAGGAGGGGGGAUUGAGCUGGAUGGAUCGGAAUCGGAGAGGGAGAGACGAGAGAUGGUGGCGGUGGGAUUGGGAGGAGAGGACAUGGAGAUGGAGGAGAGAGAAGGAAAGGAGAGGGAAGAAGACGACGCAAGAGAAGGAGAAAGAAUGAGACAGCUAGGGUUAUUACCGAGAAUUCACAGUAUCUUCUCCAUAUACCUAAAUAAUUUUUUUUUGUAUAUCCAAUGCAAUUGCUCUGAAAUCUAAAAGAUUUGUUUUAACAAUAACAAAUAGGAUGACAUCAUCAUCGUCACGGUUCAAAAAAUAAGAUCCGUCAAAUAAUUUUAUUUCCCUAUUAAAAAAAACCCUGAUAAUCAGCAACCAUAAAAGUAGGUACUAUAUAUACAUUUUUCUGUUAUGCGUUCCGCUUUAAAUUGGCUGAUGAUAGAUAGGUUAAACCGGCUGAGAAUUAGAUUAUUUGCAUUUUUGAUACUAUAGCAUUGGAAAACUUAAAGUUUGAAGGAUCUUACCAAACUGUUGUCAUUAUCGUCAACGAGGCGACGAUGGAACAAAGGUUGAGAAGAAGGCUAGGUUAUGUGAAUGCGGACAGGAUUAGUGAGUUGCCUGAAGCUUUGCUUGUACAGAUACUGUCUUUGCUUCCAACAACAAAACAUGUCAUAGUCACAAGUGCUUUGUCUAAAGGAUGGCGAUCACUUUGGAAGAUGGUCCCUAGGCUCGUGUUUGCAUCUCCCAGUCAGAAAUUUGAAGAUAAAGUUAUUAGUACGUCUUUGCUUUCACAUGAAGCUCCAGUUCUAGAGAGUUUUCGUCUGAGGCUAGUUAGAGAUGAGUAUAUGGGAGAUAUUAGAGCAUGGCUGGGGAUUGCAUUUGCACGCCAUGUGCGUGAGAUGGUGCUAGAUGUUAACUUUCAGGUAUCUUUUCCAGGUAGCAUGUUUUGCUCUGCUUCUUCACUUGAGACCUUGAUACUCAAGAACUCGAUCCAUGUGGAUGUUCCUUAUCCUGUUUCUAUGAAGUCCCUUAAAACUCUGCACCUUCAUGAUGUGACGUACAAAGAAGAUGAAUCAGUUCGUAACCUUUUAUCUGGCUGUCCUAGUCUUGAAGAUUUGCUAGUGGAUCGAGGUUACUCUAUUCAUGAUGCAAAGAUUUUCACUAUUGUCGUGCCAUCUUUGAAGAGACUUGCCAUAUACGAUCCCUGUACUGUACGAAAGGGUGGGGGAUAUGUGAUCAACGCUCCUUGUUUAAAAUACUUGGAAAUUGAGAUGAUAAUAGGUUGUGACUUCUGUCUGAUUGAGAAUUCGCCAGAGCUAGUUGAGGCAACGAUUAGAAACGUCUCUAGGAUAGUCAACGAGACGAUUCUGAGAUCUCUCAAACCAACCAAACGUCUUUCCUUAAACUUAUCACCCCUGGAGAUUAACUGUCCUACGGGUACUAUCUUCUAUCAGCUGGUAUAUUUAGAUGUGUACGCACAUAAAGUGGAGUGGUGGAAUCUUCUUAUCCUCAUGCUCAAUAACUCUCCUAAACUCCAAGUCCUCAAGAUCACUGAUUGUUUGCCUUUUGCUGAUGGGACAAAUCAUUGUUUGGUCGGCAAGAAAUUGAGUGAACAAGAGUAUGUUCCUGAAUGUUUGUCCCAACUCGAGACAUUUGUGUGGAAAAAUUACGACUGGACAAGCGAAGUUAAGAAAGAAGUGGCUACUUAUAUUCUAAAGAACGCAAUAAGGUUGAAGAAGGCAGCUUUCUGCAUUAAUAGUAUAACCGUAAAAUGCAACGAGUUGGAAGAGAGACUUCAAAUGCUCAAGGAGCUGGUUUCAAAUCCAUGUCACUUCGUUUCUAAAUUUGAAUGAUAUUUAUAUGUAGGGAAGUUUACUAGAAUGAAACAAAUAUAUUGUGUUAUU